AGUGGUGGGAAGCAAAGGGAGGCGAGUUUCCUUUCGCCGCGCGCACGCGCAGACGCGGCAAAGCGAGUUCAUCACUCCUUCAUCGGAAACGUCAAGUUCGGAGGGAGCAUCCCAACCGAGGAAGAGGGGGAGCCGCGGGAGGGCUCAUCUGUGCAAACGCGGUGGGGAGAGCAAAGAAGAUAAAAGGGAGAGCAAACAACCCACGUGAAGGAUAGGAAUGAAUUGGGAUUCCCACCUGCCAGGUUUUUACAUAACAGGUUAUAGCUGCUUCUUGUUAAAUUAAGGAGGAACCUGGCAAGAUGGCUUCCAAUCCUCCUGGACAAGGCUUUCAGAAUAAGAACAGGGUUGCGAUCUUGGCUGAGCUCGACAAAGAGAAGAGGAAGCUGCUGAUGCAAAACCAGUCUUCCACGAAUCACCCCGGAGCCAGAGUUCUGCAGCCACUCUUCCAAACAUAUGAACUCCCCAUCCUGAAGACUAUGGACCCCUGCAUCUCGCUAGCUAGAUCCUCCCUAAACAAGGAUUUCCGCGAUCAUGCUGAGCAACAGCACAUAGCGGCACAGCAAAAGGCCGCUCUGCAGCAUGCUCAUGCACAUUCUUCAGGAUACUUUAUAACCCAAGACUCUGCCUUUGGAAACCUUAUUCUCCCUGUGUUGCCACGACUUGAGUCAGAGUGAGACAGGGAGUCCGUAGAAUGAAGAUCACCCACUGCCGCAGGUCCCGCUUCUCCAAACUUUCAGUCAAUGGUUUGUGAGAAUAAGAGAGGAUUCAAAACUGAUUUCUUUUUUAUUCAUUUUCAUUAUAUAUAUAUAUAUUUGGUGGUGGCAUUAAACUACUUAAAAUGAGUUCUCAGGCACCCUGUUUUUCUUUCCUCCAGUUUUCAAAGUUGGAUAUUACUACUGUGUACUUGAAUUGUGGUUUUCAAUCUUUCCUUGUUCCUUUAGUUCAGUUUACCACAUGCCCAUCAAUCUCAUUAAGUAACACACUCAGUAUAGCCCAUUAAAUAAUUCAAUAGAGCACACUGAAGCAUCUCAGUGUUCUACAUGGAUUAUUUCCAUAGUUGUUGCAAAAACCUUGUAAAGUAGGUCAGUAUUGUUAUUCUGAUGUUCCAGAUGAGUGUGUGUCGGAGAGAGGGGGAGGAGUGUGUGUGAUUUCCUUUCAGCCACCUAGGAAAUCGAUAUUUGUGGUGAGCUUUGAACAUUGGGCUUCCAGGACCACAGAUCACAUACUUAACCAACAUUAAAGUGACUACUACAUCACCA